CGGGCCCUAAGGCUUUGCAGGGUGUGGGUGACCUGUGCAGGAGCUGCUCGGGGCGAUAUAAUUCAUCCUCUGCCCACACUAAAAUAAGCCACGUGUGCAUUUCUGAAUGCUUUCCCCUGGCCAGCAGGUAGGGAGGGACACGGGUCUGGCCCUUGCCCACCGUAGGUGAGGGUCUGAGGCUGUCCCCGAGGUCCCUCACCCUGACGAGGUCUGACAUAAGCAAUGCCCUUUUGGGUGUGGGAGUAAGGGAGCUUCCACGAGGAAGCUGGCGGGCUUGCCGAUAGCUGAGUUCUCCAGAGCCGUUAUGCCAGCGCCCUCUCGGGUGGCCGCAGAGCUGCGUUUUGGCAGGCCCAGGCAGAGGGGGAAGCCCUUUCACCCUGAUGAACCUUCCUCUUGCAGCCUGCCGAUGUUCACCGUUCUGCGAAGGUUUUCCAUCCUGUUUACAAUGUUUGCCGAAGGAUUCUUGCUCAAGAAGAAGUUCUCUUGGAGUAUUCAGAUGACAGUAUUUGCUAUGAUCAUCGGUGCGUUCGUAGCUGCUAGUGCUGACUUGGCAUUCGAUCUGGAAGGAUAUAUUUUUAUCCUUAUUAAUGACGCCUUAACAGCUGCAAACGGUGCCUAUGUGAAACAGAAGCUGGAUUCAAAGGAGCUGGGAAAAUACGGUCUGCUAUAUUACAAUGCACUGUUUAUGAUCCUUCCCACCUUGACCAUUGCCUACUUCACCGGAGAUGCGCAAAAGGCAAUGGAGUACCAGGGCUGGGCAGACACACUCUUCGUCAUGCAGUUUACGCUGUCGUGUGUAAUGGGGUUUAUUUUGAUGUACUCCACAGUUCUUUGCACUCAGUAUAAUUCUGCUCUUACAACUACAAUAGUUGGCUGCAUUAAGAAUAUUUUAAUAACCUAUAUUGGGAUGUUUUUUGGCGGAGACUAUAUUUUUACAUGGACGAACUUCAUUGGUUUAAAUAUCAGUAUUGCUGGAAGCCUGGUGUAUUCAUACAUCACUUUCACGGAGGAGCAAAUGAGCAAGCAGUCCGAAGCUGGCAUCAAGAUGGAUAUUAAAGGAAAAAGCUCUGUGUGACCAGGGAAAGGCUUUUUUGGGAAGCAACCUAUUUCUGUUCAGCUGAUCAUGGACAGAAUGUGGGAAGGAAUCCAGCGUGUCUGCC